AUGGAAGCACUCGCGGCAGUGGGACUGGCCGGCAACGUCGUUCAGUUCAUCGACUUUGCAUGCAAGCUGUUCGACCAAGCGACGUCGAUUUACCACUCGCACGCUGGAGCCUCCCAGGGCGCCCAGGACCUCGAAUCCAUCACGCAAAACUUACAGAACCUCAGCGCAAACCUCUCUCAGGGCACUCGGAAUCGCCUUCAUCGGCAAAGUUCCGCUUCGCACGAUCAGGAGACAGCGUUGAGGAAACUCGCUCGAGACUGUGAGGCUGCAGCGAAUGACCUACUCUCAGCCUUGCAGGGAUUAAAAGCGAAGAACCCCGACUCGAAAUGGAGCAGCUUUCGUGCUGCACUUGCAAGUUCUUGGAAGGAAUCCCGAAUAGACGCGCUGGAAAAGCGAUUGAAUGCGUAUCGCUCCCAGCUCAUCAUCCAAUUACAGCUGAAGAUGAACAGCGACGAAAGCUCGAAUGUACUCGGUCUUCUGGAUGAGCUCAAUGAUAGAAGUCGGCGAAUGGGCGCUGCUAUGGCGGACCAGAUAUUCAGCUUGAGGAGCGAGGUCCAACAUGCCGUCAAGAUGUUGAGGGAAGACUUAGCCCACCAGAAAUCACGCAAGUCCAGAUUCGUUACGAUACCAUGGAAGGUGCAAGACAGUUCGAGCGUAGACGUCUCUGCUCUCGCUACCUCGCUCAUCCAAAGUGAGACGUCCGGUACAAACAUGGUCGUCUCCUUGGCCUUGCUAGACAGCCUCACGUUCGAACAGAUGGACUUCCGGCACUCCAAAAUCCAUGAGGCACACCCACAGACCUUUGCUUGGAUGUUCGAGAACAGUUUCAAGCGAUGGUUGCAAUCAUCCGAGCCCAUUUUCUGGAUCAGCGGCAAGCCAGGGAGCGGCAAAAGCACCCUGAUGAAAUACCUCGUGGAUAAUCGGGAGACGCACAUCCUGCUUCGUCAGAGGUCGGGCCUGGAGAAACAAGUCGUCGCGAGCUACUUCUUCUGGAUCAACGGCACCGAGCUGCAGCGCUCGCAGGAGGGACUGCUUCAAUCGCUCCUUUACGAGCUCCUUCGCCAGUGCCCUGAUCUGAUCGAGCCUGCUUUACCAGACGCAUGGAGAGCGAUGGCUUCGAUUGUUUCGGAGGGCAAGUCUACUCGGUAUACCUGGAAGAGAGCUGAUCUCCUGGACGCUUUUAGACGACUGGCUACUCUUGACACGGCUGGAACACGAUUUUGCAUCUUCAUCGAUGGACUGGACGAAUACCAGGGCGACCAUGACGAACUCAUCGAUACCAUCCGACGCCUAACAAAGAUGAACGUUAAGAUGUGCGUAGCAAGCCGACCCUGGAACGUCUUCGAGGCCGCUUUUGGACAAGAUACAGACUGUAAGCUCUAUCUACAAGACCUCAACAAGGCCGACAUCAAACUGUACGUCGACGACAAACUACGACUCCGACCCGAAUUCCAAGCCCUGCAAAUCAGUACCGGAAAAGCCGAUGAGAUCAUCAACGAGAUUAUCGAGAAGUCCCAAGGCGUCUUUCUCUGGGUCUUCCUCGUAGUCCAGUCACUCAUCGAAGGACUAAGGAACCAUGACCGGCUCUCACAACUACAAAAGCGGCUCAGGGACUUCCCUAGCGACCUCCACAAAUUCUUCGCUCACAUCUUUCGGUCACUUGAUCCUACCUAUAGGAUACAGACCGCACAUAUGUUCCAAGUCGCACUCGCCGCUCCCGAGCCGUUGUCACCGCUUACCUAUUGGUUUCUGGAUGAGGCAGAAGAUGUGCCAGAUAUAGCUUUGUGCAUGCCCAUUCGACCAUUGACGACACGCGAUCUCAGUUCCCGAAUCACAGAAAUCAAGAUUCGCAUCAACGGUCGGUGCAAAGGCCUGCUAGAACUUACCACUACCUCGUCACAUGCGGGCAUAUCGAUAUCAUGUGUAGACUUCCUCCAUAGAACAGUCAAGGACUUCUUCAUGACGUCGGAGAUGCAACGCACCUUCGCCAACUGGCAGCACCAAGACUUUGACCCUGAUUUUGAGAUUUGCAAAGCUUCAUUGGCGGAGCUGAAGUUUACGGAUUGGAGUGAUCCCUCAGAGGUACCCUCUACACGCGUUUUCCUCCGCGCGGCGAAGGAGUAUGAGUCAAAACAUCGAGAGACUCCAAUGGCUUAUCUCGAACACCUGGAACGUACCGUCAAGAGGAACGUCGUUCUUCCCCCUAAACAAAACGAAAGCUAUUUCCUAGAUAUCGCCAUAACGAGUGACCUUCUCGUCUAUGUCCGCGUCAAACUCAACGCGCUUUCCAAGUCUCUCACAAAGGACGCAAAACUCGAAUUGCUUCAUCCCCUUGGUAACAGGAGCCUCGAAAUGAUAUGUCUUAUUCUCGCCAUCGGCCCGCCUCUCGAUAUUGAUCUUCGGCUUCAGGGGGAACUCUUGGAACAGUUCAAUAAAAGGGUGCUCCAGCACGAUGCAGUACUGAUGUGUAUGAAAGAGAUGUGCAAAUAUUCGUCGUUCGCGAUGCGGGAGAGCGGGGAUCGGUUUCUAUCCAGGCAACUUGACGAUUACCUGAGGGGCAAGCUUUCGCCUGCAGAGAUGGACGAGAUGGUAAAAGCUAAUCGGCCUGCGCGGAUGGACGAGCUGGCAAAAGCCAAUCGUGAAAAGAGAUCGCCCAGAAACCUUUUCCGAAAACUCUUGCGGUGA